CACUUUGGGAAACUUGGUGAACCAAUAUUAAUGACUGUAUAUAUUGUUGUAUAAUCACUUUCCAUACAUGAAUACAUGACUCAGAUUUACAGUUCAUAGGAUACUUGUGACUGCCACCGACAGAUCAACUAAUUGACUGUCAGAUUGUAACAGUGUAGUGGAAGAAUUUUCGGAGAAUAACAAUGGACAACGCUGCUCGGCCCGAGCAUGUGGGGACCACAGGGAAAAGCGUCAUAGACAAGAAGGGAGCCUUUCAGAGGGCGCAGUCUUCCUUCAGAAACUGGGUUACAGCUGAUGGAUCAUCAGGAUAUAAGGCGGAAGCUGGGCGAUAUCAUUUAUAUGUGUCUUUAGCCUGCCCCUGGGCACAUCGGACAUUGAUUCUUCGAAAGUUAAAAAGCUUAGAAGACGUCAUUUCCGUUAACGUCGUAGAUUGGAUGCUUAAUUUUGAAACAGGCUGGGAAUUCAACGAGAAGAGAGAUGCCUGUACUCAAGAUACCGAGAACGGAUUCAAGUUUUUGAAGGAUGUCUACAAGAAAGCAGAUCCAGACUACGAUAAAAGAGUUACCGUUCCUGUUCUAUGGGACAAACAGAAGAAAAUGAUAGUAAACAAUGAGUCGAGUGAAAUCAUAAGAAUGCUAAAUUCAGAAUUCAAUGCCUUCUGUAAAACCCAGGAAGGUAAACAACUUGAUCUUUACCCGGAGGAACUAAGGAAAGAGAUAGACGAAAUAAAUGAAUGGAUUUAUCCAAAUAUAAACAAUGGUGUUUACCGAGCUGGAUUUGCUACGUCACAGGAAGCGUAUGACGAGGCGGUGAAUGAUUUAUUCAAAGCACUGGAUAAGGUGGAGUGCAUUUUGUCGAAACAGCGGUACUUGGUAGGGCCAACACUGACGGAGGCAGAUAUCCGACUUUUUGUCACUUUGGUCCGUUUUGAUCAAGUUUACGAACAGCAUUUCAAGUGCAAUAAGAAAAGAAUUAUGGAUUAUCCUAAUAUGUGGCCAUAUUUAAGAGAUAUCUACCAAACAGAUGGAAUUGCACAAACUGUGAACAUGGAACAUAUUAAAAAACAUUACAUGAUGAGUCAGCGCUCCAUUAAUCCUUAUGGAAUAGUGUCUAUUGGACCUGACAUCGACUUCACAGAACCGCAUGGAAGGGCCGAGAAAUUCUAAUCAUAAGUGAUAAUUAACAUCACGUGUGAUAAUUAACAUUACGUAUCUUAUCCUGUUGUUUAGAAGAGCUAUUAGAAUAUUUUGAAUAUAUUGAAUGGUCACCUGGGAAUCUUUGCAGUAAAGACCCAUUUUAUUAUAAAGAUGAAAGGAUUAAUUAAUAUUUUCCGAAUUUUGGAUGCAUAAUUUGAAACGUUUAUCUUUUCAGUGGACAAUUAAGUUACCAGCUCCACUUACCAUAUUAUUUAGAUAAAAAUUUUCAGGACAUAUCAAGUAAAACUUGUUUUACAAGAGAUAUAUCGAUACAUCACUCACCGAGUCAAAUGUUAGCGUUGAUUAUUUAAUCAUUAAUAAAGAUCACAAGUCUGGGAAACAUUUACAUAUUUUUUCACUUCACUGAGAAUAUAAAAUUAAUCUUUUUUGGCUAGGUUCACGGAAAGCUAACAUUUUUAAUUUUUCAAUGGUUAUGUUUUCAAGAAUUUUCUAGAAAUAAAAAUAAAGACAAGUGAGUGAAUUCUUAUAUUUUAAUUGGGAAAAGUAAUUUAAGUAUGGGUGACAAGUUAUCAUAGAAAGACGUAAAUGUACAAGCAUACCACCAAAAAAACCCCCCAGAAAUACUGUAUUCUAAAAAUAUAAGAACAAUUAUCUUCAGAAUUUGAAUAUAACAAAAUUUAUUAAAAUAAAAAUGAAAUAUUUCUUAUACGACGUUUGAUUUCUCGUGAGAGCACGGCUGGGUCGUCUGAUAAUGGGGGUUCUCCCAAAUCUCUCUCUAGAAACACAACCUGUAGCAUCUGUAGAGAACAUUAUUGAAAUUUUAAUAUUUUCAACUGAUUUUUUUUUAAAUCAAAUAAUCAUUAUUAAAAAAUGAAGAAUAUUA